AUGGGCAGCUACUCACACCCCGAUGAGCUGCCUUACUGGCAAGUCAACAUCCCACCAGAAGACCGCCAAGAAAAAUGCCCCGAGUUCCUGCGCGACAUCAGCGAUAAGGACAUCAGCAUCAUCGGCAAGCCCGACGACGAGUACCGCGUGCAGACAUGGCCGCAGGUGGUAGACAUCAUCCGCACAGGAAGGCUUGCCGAUUUCCAACGGUGGCCGUCUGAACUGCGGCGAUACCGCCAGUACACCUGGGACCUCAAGCGCGCCCACGGCAGCGUCAUGAACUUCAUGCUGAAGCAUAGGCUGGGCUGGAGCGAGCCAGUUGUGCCUCGGGGAAGCAAGCCAUUCGAGUGCCAGGAGGACUUCAAGAUUUUGACGAAUGACUGGCCGUAUGGCCUCAACAAACGAAUAGUUCAUCUGGUGAUUUGGACGAAGUUCGACCUGCCAGACGACCGCGAAACCGAGGCUGAGAUCGAGGCGUUUGUGAACAAGACUUUUUCGCCCGGCGUGUCACAGGACAAGUGCAUAUGGUUCAAGAACCCGCCGAGUCUCAAGUCUGUUCAUUCCGUGGAGCAUUUUCACGUCAUGCUGUUCCAGCCCGAUCCGGAUUUUGUGCGGCAUGUCACAAACGGUGACGUCCCGCGCUGCGAGAAAGGCAACCCCAUGAGCAACGAGGCGAAGAUGACGUGA